CAAAUAGUUUUAAAUGGAAAAUUGCUUGAAUGUAAGAGAUCAUUACUCAUGGUACAUUUUCAACAGAAUUUGACCGAGAUGAAAUAUUUGGCUGAUCGUCAUAUUCAGAAUUCGUUAGAAGGUAUAUCAUUUCAUUUUCAUUCUUUGACUUACUUACUCCUGUUACCUCCAAUGGAGCAUAGAGAGCCGACCAGCAUUCUUCAACCCACUCUUUCCUGGGCCUUCCUUUCUACUUCUGUUCAAUUUUUGUUCAUUCUUUUUAUGUCUGUCUCCAUUUCUCGGCGUAAUGUAUUCUUUGGUCUUCCUCUCCUCCUUUGUUUUUGAGGAUUCCAUGCGAGGAUUUGCCUUGUGACGCAGUUGGGUGCUUUCCUCAAUGUAUGUCUUGUUCACUUCCAGCGCUCCUUCCUGAUUUCUUCCUCCGCUGGCAUCUGGUUUGUUCUCUCCCAUAGUAGGUUGUUGCUGAUAGUGUCUGACCAAUGUGUCCGAAGUAUUUCGCGUAGACAGCUGUUAAUAAACACUUGUAUCUUCUGGAUGAUGGCUUCCGUAGUUCUCCGAAUUUCCGCCUGGAGUCCCGCAGGGCUACUGCCAGUCCCAAGCCUGGAUAAAGGAGAAGAGUCGGGCAUGAGGUUAGCAACC